GAGCGCGAGGGAGCAGAGCAGCCGGCGGCGGAGAGCGGGCGCGGGCGAGGCCCGGGAAGGAGGCGCGGGCGAGGCGCGGGCGAGCUGGGACCGAGCGCGCUCACUUCUCCGCAAAGUGCCAACUUCCCCGAGAGUGCCGGGCGCGCACCGUCUGGGCGCCAGGGAAAGUCAGCGGGAAUUUGUGAUUUGGGGGAAGAAAGUCGGAUUUCCCCCCGUUUCCCUUCCCCAGUUACUAAUUCCCAUUAAAAAGAAAAACAACAACAGUAACAGCAAACUUCCUAUAAUCCCGUCUGUCCCCCACUCCUGGCACCAUGAAGGCGGCCGUCGAUCUCAAACCGACUCUCACCAUCAUCAAGACGGAAAAAGUCGAUCUGGAACUGUUCCCCUCCCCGGAUAUGGAAUGCGCAGAUGUCCCACUAUUAACUCCAAGCAGCAAAGAAAUGAUGUCUCAAGCAUUAAAAGCUACUUUCAGUGGUUUCACCAAAGAGCAGCAGCGGCUGGGGAUCCCAAAAGACCCUCGGCAGUGGACAGAAACCCAUGUUCGAGACUGGGUGAUGUGGGCCGUGAAUGAGUUCAGCCUGAAAGGUGUGGACUUCCAGAAAUUCUGCAUGAAUGGAGCAGCCCUCUGUGCCCUGGGAAAAGACUGCUUUCUCGAGCUGGCCCCAGACUUUGUUGGGGACAUCUUAUGGGAACAUUUAGAGAUCUUGCAGAAAGAGGAUGUGAAGCCAUAUCAAGUUAACGGAGUCAACCCUACCUAUCCAGAGUCCCGUUACACUUCGGAUUACUUCAUUAGCUACGGUGUUGAACACGCUCAGUGUGUGCCCCCGUCUGAGUUCUCAGAGCCCAGCUUCAUCACAGAGUCUUACCAGACACUCCAUCCCAUCAGCUCGGAAGAACUCCUCUCCCUCAAGUAUGAGAACGACUACCCCUCAGUCAUUCUCCGGGACCCUCUCCAGACGGACACCUUGCAGACUGACUACUUUGCCAUCAAACAAGAAGUCGUAACCCCAGACAACAUGUGCCUGGGCAGGGCCAGUCGUGGUAAACUCGGGGGCCAGGACUCUUUUGAGAGCAUAGAGAGCUACGACAGCUGUGACCGCCUCAUCCAGUCCUGGGGCAGCCAGUCGUCCUUCAACAGUCUGCAGCGCGUCCCCUCCUAUGAAAGCUUCGACUCCGAGGACUACCCGGCUGCCCUGCCCAAUCACAAGCCCAAGGGCACCUUCAAGGACUAUGUGCGGGACCGUGCUGACCUCAACAAGGACAAGCCUGUCAUCCCUGCUGCUGCCCUGGCUGGCUACACAGGCAGCGGACCAAUCCAGCUGUGGCAGUUUCUUCUGGAAUUACUCACUGAUAAAUCCUGUCAGUCUUUUAUCAGCUGGACAGGAGAUGGCUGGGAAUUCAAGCUCUCUGACCCAGAUGAGGUGGCCAGGAGAUGGGGAAAGAGGAAAAACAAACCUAAGAUGAAUUACGAGAAACUGAGCCGUGGCCUUCGCUACUAUUACGACAAAAACAUCAUUCAUAAGACGGCGGGGAAGCGCUACGUCUACCGCUUCGUGUGCGACCUGCAGAGCCUGCUGGGCUACGCGCCCGAGGAGCUCCACGCCAUGCUGGACGUCAAGCCCGACGCCGACGAGUGAUGGACGCAGACGGGGCUGGGGGAGCCCUGCUGAGACCUUUGGAAGGACAACCGCCUUGGUCGGACUCAAUUUUUAAUGGUUAUUCUAUAACCAUUUUAUUCUAUUUUUUAUUUUUCAGAACUCAUUUUUUUUUUACAUUCAGGGGUGGGAGCUAAGUGAGCUGCGGCUGUAAUCAAUUGUGUGUGGUUGGAAAAGGAGAAUCAGGACUCGUGGGUGGGUGGGAUAAGAAGCUUUUGAGCAAAUUUUUCAUGAGAGAGAGGGGUCUUCUUAGAAGCUGGAAGGAUCUGGCUUGAGGAGGAAGAGACUAAUGUGUCCAAUCAUUUUUUUAAAAAAAAUAUCCAUGAAAAAAAUGUGUCUUGAGUUAUGGUCCCAUUAUCAAGAGACAUUGCCACAUCAGAAGUCCCCAGACUGAUGAAAAUCAGUUAAUUUGCUUUUGGUAGAUUGGGGAGGGCAAAAAGAGGGGGUGGGAUAAAACAUUUUUGGGGGGGAGAAUGCAGCAAAACCUGAGAAUGAUUUCCUUUUUACUCUUUUUGAAACAAAGAUGGACUUCCAUGGGGAGGGGGCCGACACAGGUUUCGUGUUAAAAUUUAUUUUAUUAAAUUUUGUGCCAGUAUUUUUUGUUCUUAAAAAUCGUCUUAAGCUCUAAGGUGGUCUCAGUAUUGCAAUAUCAUGCAAGUUUGUUUUUAUUUGCCAGCUGAGGAUUCUGUCACAGUGAAAGAAAACUGUUUAUAUAGACCCCAUUGGAAAACCAAAGGGCUGUCACUGGUAUCAGGGAUCCCAAAUUCAUGUGACUUAUGUAUGAAGGAGAAAUUAAUGCUGAUUUGGGUACAGGGGAACGAUGCAUGUGUGAAUUUCAUCUACAAUUUAAAAAAAAAUUAUUAUUACAAAACCUUAUUGGUUAUUAGUGGAUUCUCGGGGUUUGGGCUUAAUGUCAAGCUAAGGAGCAUUAAGUCUUGGAACUGAAUGUAUUUCGCAGUCGUGGUUUUGGAUCCCAUAAAUGUAGGAGCACUGUCGAAGCCAUGGAGAGGAGAUCAAAGGAGGAGAUUGGCUGGGUUCUUUCUUGGUUCCGUACCUGUAACCUGGAGGACUUGGAAUCAAAGCUGUAUGCAUGGGCAUUACCCCUCAGGUCUCAAGAGAUAAGUCCUGACCGUGUGUUGAUCCAAACUAACACUCUGUAAUUCCUCUUUCAUGUUUCAUUUUCCAACAUCUUUCAUUUUUUUUUUUGCUCACGUGUCCCCCCCCCCCCAAUUAUUCAGUAGAGAAAUGUACAGCUUUCUGAUUGGUGAGUGAAAGAGUAGCUUCAGACAUGACAUGAGUGGAGGAGUUGACCUUGCUGGGUUUAGAAGUGAUGGAGAUUAAGAGAGCAUUGGAACAAAAUGUGAUGUGGCUGUGUCUUGGGGAAGAGAAGCGCAAGGCUUUCCUUUGCAGAACUUGAACUAGUUGGGUAGGCUGUCAGUUGAGACUGUGUACACUGGUACACACAAUGUCAGGGCCCGUGCUUGCUCCUGGCACCCUGGUGCAGGGUAAGUCAAGGCUAAUUGCAGAAGGACUUGGAGGCAAAGGAAAUGAGAAGGGGCUUGAGUGAAGAAAAUAAUGCGGUCCGUGAGAUUUGAAUAUAUUUUUAGUUCCCUCCAAGUUUAAACAAGAACUGAAGUAGUCAUCUUGCUGCUGGUUUUGUGGGGGAAUCUGAAAGUGGGGUUAUGGGGGAGGGGACCAACAUCUAACUAGUGAGAAAAAGUGCCUAAUACAAUUAGAAUCCCUCCCCCUAGAGAGCUGCCCAGUUACAAGGAUGAGGAAGGGGAGGUGGCCUUAUGGACUUCCACGAUAGCCGGGAAGACACAUUUAAGAUGAGCCGCUCAGGGCUGGCCCUUUAGGGGAUUAGCUGAGAAGUUGGAAAUACUAACUACCUUCUAGCACAUAGUCAAGAAAGUUGAUUGUUUACUCCCAGAUCCUCCUACAGACCCUGAAUUACCAGGAACAAGACUGUGUGAUUCAUGAGUGUCCUCAUGUUAUACUGAUAAAUCAGAACUUCUGCAUGGAAAGCAAAGGCAGAAUUAUCCCAGCUGUGUAUUUUGAUCUUUUGGAUGCAGGUGCCUUAAUGAAGCUCUCAAAAUAUUUUAGGAGCUGCUCAGGGAGUGUUAGGUGGAACUGUUUGGACUACAUUGUUUUCUCUUAGAUUAUUUGAUCUUUGUUGGGCACUGGCAAAGGGUGUGUGUGUAUAUGUGUGUGUGUGUGUGUGUGUGUGUGUGUGUGUGUAUUGCCGACAUGCAUAACUGCAGCUGAAAUAAUACCUGAGUUUUCUAGUUAAGUCUUUCCACAUUUCAGUAAUGGGUGAGCACAGAACCAAGGCUGGGUAUCAGCCAUUGCUUGCAGUUGGCAACCAGGCAAAAAAAAUCACUCUCCCAAAUCAUCAAUCUUUCCUAUUAAAUUUAUGCUGAAAACUCCCCUUCUGUGAGUCUGUCCAGCCUUGCAAUUCCUAUAGCAGAUAAGAUAGCAGAAAAUGCCUCCUGGCGCUCCUCAGCCUGCUGGUUCACUAAGACUCCCCUUUCCAGGCCCACCGUUUUCAGGAUCUGUAGGUAGUGUGUUGAGACAGCUCCGUCUAUCUGGCCAGAGGCUUUUUCUCCUUUUAUCCAAAGGCCAGAGACCAUCCCAGGAAGAGUGGUGGGUGGUUUAUACACUGGAAAUGUAGCAAAAUUGUUGCAUUCAUGCUUUUUAAAAACACAUGUUACCUUCAGAGGGAGGAUGGGCAAAUCUGGUCUUACUGAGUGAAACCCUUAUUUUCCUGGAGAUGCCUUAACCUGUUGGGUUUUGGCUUCAGGGUUCAGAGUCACUUUUGUGCCCUUCUCCGUUCAGGGGAGGAGCUUCCCUACAGAGAGCCCUGAUUUUGUGGCGGUGGGGAUUGGAGGUGGCAUUCAGAGAUCAGACACGCUUUUCCUUGCUUUGGAGAUGAACACUCUGGUUUUAGAGCAUUAACCUGCCCAACCUUCACAGUGAAUAAUACGCCUUCUCUUUCUAGCCAUGCUGUGUGUGCUGCUCUCUCUGUUGGGGUCUAUAUAAACUUGUUGAACUCUUACCUACAUUCCAAAGAAGUUUCAAGAAACCAUAAAUAUAUGUAUACAUAUACAUAUAUAAAAAAUAUAUAUAUAUGUUAAAAUGAAAUUAUCUCUAUCAGGAAUACUGCCUCAGUUAUUGAACUUUUUUUUAAGCAUACUUUUGUUUUUUUAAGCUGAGAAGUAUAGGGGUGAAAAAGAUGUUAUAUUGUGUUUGACUAUUUUCCAACUUGUAUUUUCAUAUAAUUUAUAUUUUUUAAAAGCUGAAAAUUUAAAAGCAAGAUGAAAAAAAAGGAAAAGCAGGUGCUUUUUACAAAUCAGAACUGAGGUAGCUUAGAGAUGUAGCGACGUAACUGUCUACGUGUUUUUUUUAGAAAAAAAAAGCAGAAAAAAAAUUCUUAUUGGGGAGUUUUUUUGUUUGUUUAUUUUAGUAGCUGAUGCUGGCACAUCAUUUUGCUGGAGAGUUUUUUAUAUACUGUAGCCUGAUUUCAUAUUGUAUUUUAAACUGUGUGAAAUUAAAAACAAAGAAAUUCAUUCAUAA